AUGGUUAUUAAGAUUCUGCUAACAGGUUCCACCCAAGGCUGGAUGGUGGAAGACACUGGGGUGGGAGCCCUUAUGAAUGAGGUCUACGUUCCGCAGCUUCAAUCCUACCUAAGCCUUUGGCUUAUCAUCCUUCUUAUGUAUCGGGUACAGUCCUGUAUACCCAGUGCCAAGUUCUUCCGACAGGUCGAAGUGACCAUCUUGCUCCAAGAACAGUGGAUCAACGCGGCGUCCGCUCAUCCAAAAUGGAGGCUCAAACCCGCUAUGGUGGAUCCUCGUUGCAACUUUAUUGAAGUACGAAGCUUAUUUACUGAGGCUCAAAAGAGAGCACUGCUAUGGAUGUUAACGGUAAUCCAGCAAUACAACCAUAAGAAAGUUUAG